CUCUCUCUCGCUCCAUCUCUCUCUCUCUCUCUCGCUCCAUCUCUCUCUCUCUCUCUCGCUCCAUCUCUCUCUCUCUCAGGGUGCGAGGGAUGGAGAGGUGGGGGAGGAGAUUAGGGAGAAACCAAAGGCCUCAUUUGAAGGAGAGAAACUCAAGGAGAUGGGAGAGGGUGACGUCAUCAGUGAUGUCAUCAACCCCAACGGGCUCCCUGUGCAGAACGGCCUGGACGUGGAUGGCAAGGAGUACAGUCGUCAAGGCCAGAUACUGCCCGCGGGGCCAGACACUGACCUAAUAGGAGGGGAGGGUAUGGUCUCCAUGGGAGGUGGUGGUGGUCCCAAACCCCAAGAGGUCUUCUCUGGGGUGGAACAUGGUGUUACCAUGGAUACCAUGCAGUCUGUGAUGGAGCCGUUGCAGUUUGGCUACAACUCCCAGAUGACCAUGGACUCUCAGCCCACCAUGGGCCUGUUCGACUACAGCAACCAACAACAGGUGUACCAGAGACCCAGUGCUCUAGCAGCCCAACAGCAGCAGUAUGCCUUGGCAGCAGCACAGCAAUCUCACAUUGGUUUGGCUCAAGCGUUUGUUUCCAACCCUUACAUCAUCAGUACCGGUCCGUCUGGAACCGACCCCUACGCUGCUGGACUGGCAGCUGCUGCAACACUGGGCCUUGAGUGA